CUAACGUUUUUUUUUCUCCCUCCCCUUGCGAUCUUCCUGUCUGCGAGCAAUGGCUCCAAGGAAGAAGCAGCAGCAGCCGAAGCAGAAGCAUAACAACAGAAAAUCCAAUCCGAAUUCCUCCACCUACGAUUCCCGUCCUUCGUCGUCCGGUCCAAAGCUUCAUAUCUCCGCCGAGAACGAGACUCGUCUCCGUCGUCUCCUACUCAGCUCCGGCCGGUCCACUCCGUCGGCGAUUCCAGCAGAUGACUCGCUUUCAAAGGUUCAGAAGGUUAAGAAGCUUAAAACCGUUUACGAGAAGCUCUCUUGCGAAGGUUUUACCAACGAUCAAAUUGAACUCGCGCUCUCUGCUAUUGGGGAUGGUGCUACAUUUGAGGCUGCUCUUGAUUGGUUAUGCUUGAACUUGCCAAGUAGCGAGCUUCCACUGAAAUUUUCAAGUGGAACUUCUCUGCAUACACAUGAAGGUGGUUCUAUUCGUAUUCUACAGACUGCACAAAAAGACUGCCCUUCUGUAGGAGUCCAAUCUUCCAAAUAUAAAGAUGGAGGCGAAGAUUCUUCUGUUAUAUUCAAUAGGCGUAAGGAUGACGAUACACUAGAUUUUUUCCAAUCAUCACAAGCUCAAUGGAUUAAACAGUACGUGGAACAGCAAGAAGAGGACGACUAUAGAACCUGGGAAGAUGAAAUGGCUGAUGAAGUUUCUUCUAAGGAGGCUUCUCAAGCAAGGUCUUAUGAUGUUAUUGCGGGAGAGUAUUAUGCUGCUCGGUUGGAAGCUGCAAAAGCGAAGGAAGAAGGGGACAAGAAAAGAAAAGAAACCGCUGGCAACAUCAUUCGCAAGCUUAAGCAGGAGCUGUUAGCUCAAGGAUUAUCAGAUGAUAUGCUGGCUUCUGAAUUCGAAUAUGGAAGAGCUUUUGAUAAUGCAUCAAAGGAUACACAUACGACUUCCAUGCAGCAUGGAAUUUUUGGUGUCAAUCAAUCAGGUGAUGUUGAAAUUAGUGUGGACUGUCCAGUGCAUAGAAAUGAAUCAACUGUUGAUGUAGAUGGGAGGGAGGCAUCAAGUUCCAAGGAAAUAUCUGUAAAUCUUAUGUCUUCACAAGAAAAGAAUGACUCGGAAAAGCUAGAAGAUGUGGAGAUCGGUAACUUUCUUUUUGAAGAUGUUGAAACAAAUCCACGUGUAGCACAGGAAUUACUGAAAUUAGAGAAGAAAGAAAAGAUGAGAGAACUUUCCAGUGGGAAGAAUUUGGAGAAGUUGGAUGGCAUAUGGAAGAAGGGGGACCCACUAAAGAUUCCCAAGGCUGUUCUUCAUCAAUUAUGUCAGAAAGCAGGAUGGGAUGCACCAAAAUUUAAUAAAAUCCACGGAAAAGAAAACAAUUUUUUCUAUGCUGUUAAUGUGUUGCGUAAAGCAAGUGGGAGAGGUAAAAACAGAAAAGCUGGAGGUCUGAUUACACUUCAGCUUCCGGAUGAGGACGAAAUUUUUGAGUCUGCAGAGGAUGCCCAGAACAAGGUGGCAGCUUUUGCUCUUUGUCACUUGUUUCCCGAAAUUCCAGUUAAUCUUGCACUUAUGGAGCCUUAUGCCUCUCUUGUAAUGCAGUGGAAGGCAGGGGAAUCAACUAGAAAAGUUGACGACAAUGAGGAGGAUCGAAGGGCUAGUUUUGUUGAUUCUUUGCUUGAUGCUUCCAGUGUUGGUUCUUCUGCUUCUAAAACUUUUGUUGGGAAGAUUGAACAGCCACAUAUUGAGGAUGAUAAAAAACCAACUGUUCUUGAUCUUGAUUCAGAUUCAUUCAGAAAAAGAUUAAACAUUAACACACAGCCUGAGAGUUCUCGUUUGAGACUGGAACAUGAGAAUAAAAUGAAGACUCAAAAGUAUCAGGCGAUGUUGAAAAAUAGAGAUGCCCUCCCCAUUGCUUCAUUAAGAGGUGAUAUAUUGCGUCUGCUGAAGGAGAAUAAUGUACUUGUUGUUUGCGGGGAUACAGGUUCUGGAAAGACAACUCAGGUUCCACAGUUUAUACUAGAUGACAUGAUUGAAUCGGGACAUGGUGGAUGGUGCAACAUAGUAUGCACACAACCAAGAAGAAUAGCGGCUAUUUCUGUUGCCGAAAGAGUUUCUGAUGAACGUAGUGAGCCUUCCCCGGGUACAAAUGGCUCUUUGGUUGGUUAUCAUGUUCGUCUAGACAGUGCAAGGAAUGAACAUACAAAACUUCUAUUUUGUACGACGGGCAUCCUUCUGAGACAAAUUGUGGGAGAUGAAACUUUGACCGGUAUCACUCAUAUCAUCGUUGAUGAAGUACAUGAGCGAUCUCUGCUGGGUGAUUUUCUCUUAGUUGUUUUGAAGAAUCUGAUUGAGAAACGUUCUACUGACAGUUCAUCCCCCCUGAAGGUUAUUCUUAUGUCAGCAACAGUUGAUUCAAACCUUUUCUCAGGAUAUUUUGGCAACUGCCCUGUAAUCACUGCAGAGGGUCGGAUGCAUCCCGUGACCACUUACUUUCUUGAAGAUAUCUAUGAAAGUACUGGGUAUCACCUUGCUUCAGAUUCCGCUUCUGCCAUAAGAUAUGAAAUAUCAAGCGGCAAAAAGGGUGCUCCAGUCAAUGAUCGAAGAGGAAAGAAAAACCUUAUAUUAUCUGCAUGGGGUGAUGAUGCUUUACUUUCUGAAGCCUGUACGAAUCCCUACUACAUUUCAGAUUUUUAUCAAUCAUACAGUGAGGAGACACAGAAAAAUCUGGAACGAUUAAAUGAACAUGUUAUUGAUUAUGAUCUUCUCGAAGAUUUAGUGAUACAUGUGGAUAAAACUUUUGAUGAGGGAGCCAUACUUGUUUUCUUGCCAGGAGUGUCAGAAAUUCACUUGUUGUAUGAUAGAUUAGCUGCUUCAUACCAAUUUGGUGGACAAGCUUCUGAUUGGAUUCUUCCUUUGCAUUCAUCCAUUGCAUCUACUGAUCAGAAAAAGGUGUUUUUAAGGCCUCCUUAUGGCAUCCGCAAGGUUAUAAUAGCCACGAACAUUGCAGAGACCAGUAUAACAAUUGAUGAUGUGGUUUAUGUGAUAGACUGUGGAAGGCAUAAAGAGAACCGUUACAAUCCUCAGAAGAAAUUAUCAAGCAUGGUUGAGGAUUGGAUUUCUCAAGCAAAUGCAAGACAGCGGAGAGGAAGAGCUGGACGUGUGAGACCUGGUACUUGCUUUUGUUUAUACACACGUCACAGAUACGAAAAGCUGAUGCGCCCCUUUCAGGUCCCUGAGAUGCUCCGGAUGCCCUUGGUGGAGUUAUGUUUACAGAUUAAGCUACUUUCUCUGGGUUACAUAAGGCCGUUUUUAUCGAAGGCUUUGGAGCCUCCUCGAGAAGAGGCGAUGGCAUCAGCAAUAUCAUUAUUAUAUGAGGUUGGGGCUCUUGAAGGCAAUGAAGAAUUGACUCCUCUUGGACAACAUUUGGCAAAAUUACCUGUUGAUGUAUUGAUUGGGAAGAUGAUGCUAUAUGGUGGAAUUUUUGGUUGCCUGUCUUCAAUUCUCUCAAUUUCAGCAUUUCUGAGCUACAAGUCUCCAUUUAUUUAUCCAAAAGAUGAGAGGCAGAAUGUUGAACGAGCUAAAUUGGCUCUUUUGUCUGAUGAGGUAAAUGGUUCGGGUGAUUCAUGUGGCAAUGACAAGCAAUCAGACCACCUGAUUAUGGUGACUGCAUACAAAAAAUGGGAAAAAAUUUUGCAUCAGAAAGGAUCCAAGGCUGCUGUGCAGUUCUGCAAAUCAUACUUCUUAAGCAGUUCGGUGAUGUACAUGAUAAGGGACAUGAGGGUACAGUUUGGGACAUUGUUAGCAGACAUUGGGCUUGUUGAUCUUCCUAAAAAGUCUAGUUUUGAUAGAAAAAGGAAGGAGGACCUUGAUGGCUGGUUUUCAGAUUCAUCCCAACCAUUCAAUGUAAAUUCAGAUCAUCCAUCCAUUGUAAAGGCAGUAUUAUGUGCAGGACUAUAUCCCAACAUAGCUGCUGGCGAAGAAGGAAUCACUGAAGCAGCUCUUAGUAGCCUUGGACGAUCCUCUGGUUCUGCAACUACAGCUCGUCCAGUCUUGUACGAUGGAAGAAGAGAAGUACAUAUACACCCUUCUUCUGUCAACAGUAACCUAAAAGCAUUUCAGUAUCCCUUCCUUACGUUCCUUGAAAAGGUAGAAACCAAUAAAGUCUUUAUCCGAGAUGCUACUGUUGUUUCUCCCUACUCCAUCUUAUUAUUUGGUGGGUCCAUUAACAUUCAGCAUCAGAGUGGCAUCGUCAUUAUAGAUGGAUGGCUGAAAUUGACUGCACCGGCCCAAAUUGCUGUACUCUUUAAAGAACUGAGAUUGACCCUCCAUUCUAUUCUGAAGGAUCUGAUUAGAAGACCAGAGACUUCUAUUAUUGUCAAUAAUGCAGUUCUGAAGUCGAUAGUUCGUUUGUUGUUAGAAGAAGACAAACCCCUAACAUAGCGUAGCAACAUUCAAGUAAUUCUACCUAUAAUAGCUGAAUCAAGAUGAGUGGUACCAUGCUAGUGAAAUAUAAUGGAUUGCUUCAUAAGGCAGAUGAGGAACCAGUUAAUUUUAUAGGGUUGAUCAUCACUUCCACUUUCUAUAUAUGAAGUUGUUGAUGUUGAAACUAAAUUUAGAAGAGGGAAUUUUUCUUAUCAUCAAUUAUCAUGUAUUUGUAUUAUGUAUUAUUACAUGUUUCUAUUCAUUGGGUUGCCAAUGAAAUUUUUUUCUAUGAGAUAAUAUUAGUUUUUU